CAAGUAACUAAGGCGGGUGUUGCUAUCGACAAAAGCAGGUGCCCAGACUCGAAUAUUUACUUUACCGGAACGAAAAAAGAGCCUACAUAGACGUUUAAGAUGACUGCAGGGUCUAUAAUUGUCCCUGCUAUUAUCCCUUUGCGACCACCUAUACCAGGGAAAUCCAAGCUAUCAAUUGAUACUAAUACUAAAAUUGAACUUAGCACAGAUCAAAAGGAUGUUGAGAUAUUCUACACAAUCAAUGGAAAGAAACCGGACCCAUUUCCUAAAGUUGGAUCAGAGAGAUAUACAAUGCAGUACUUUGCUCCUUUUACGUUACCUGCAGGAAAACAAACGGUUAAGGCGAUGGCAGUGUCUAAAGAUGGUAUGAGAGAAAGUAAUAUAGGAACAAAGAUAUUUGAAGUAGGAUUCGUACCCAGUAGAGAAGUAGCUCCUGUAGAUGAUGAUUUAGGAUUCCAGGAAGAAUUAGACCAUCAAAAUACUACACUGAAUGUGAAGAGAGCAACAAAGAACUUAUUGCUAUCAGAGAAAACUGCAUGGACUGAUAUGGGUACUAUGAAACAAACAAUACAGAAAAUGGCAGAUAUGAAUGUAUCAGGAAGUAACUACAGAAAACCAACAACAGGAACCAGAUUCUUAAACAACAGGAAAUCAGUUCAUGAUAAAAAUGAGUACAACAGAUCACAUGAUGAUACAUAUGGAGGACGUAGUUCAAGAAGACAUGACAGAGAUAUACCCGAUGCUCAAACUCAAGCCAUGAGAUUAACCAGGGAAGCUGAACUUCUCAAGAGUUACAGUGAAACUCAGUCAGAUCCAUUUUCUCGGUACUACAUUAGUCGUGGAAGUACUGGACAACAGGAAGCAAGGCCUAUACCACCCAAACCUGGAAAGAUGGGCACCUGUGUAUAUUGUAAAUCAGUUGUACCUUUCAACACUCAGUCUUGUGUUGUUUGUGAGGGACCUAUACCUCUUCAAUACCAUCAACCUAAUCCAGAACUCAGAUCUGCAAUCAAAGAGAGAGAUAUACAUGAAGAUAGGAAUGGUUUCAUGUCAGGAGUUGAGUCACAAUGGUUACCUGUAUCUCACCCAGUUGGAGCACCCCUCAGACCUACAAGUACCGUGUCUACACAGACAGUAGGAUUGUUUUAUCCAUCAGAGAAAGGAUUAUCAAACAAGAAAGAAGAAAUUGAGAAAAAGGUUGCAUUAGAACAGUCUAUGAGGGACAGACAACCCUUGAUGACACCAGUUAGUCCAGGAAAAGGUUAUUGGAGAAAACAAGUGGACCAUAUCUGUCACCACUUAAAAGCUCAUGCACAGAAUGAUGCUGAAUUUAGAGCUCUCAUUGGUGAACCUAAGAUGGGAAAAUUAUUGUCGGGAGCCGUACAAGAAGAUGGCCAUGAAUUAAGUAUAACCUUGACCUUUGCAAUUAGAGGAAACAAAGAUCCAUUGACUGGUAGAAAACUUGGCAUUACAGGAGAUUAUCUCAGUAUGCACACAGAGAAUGAUAGUCUCACAAGUUAUAGAAGUGAUUCAGAAGAUGAAGAAAUAGCAAAAAUAACUGGAAAAAAGAAAACGACAGUAAGGAAGCCAAAACCUAGAAGAAAGGAAACACCUAAAGUAGCUCCAAUUGACCAGAAAAUACUAAAAGAACUUGGUCCUUCAGGUGAGGGAGAUCCAACAGAGAUUCAGAGACUCAUUGAUGAGGGGGCUAAUGCUGAAUGUACAAAUAAAGAUGGUUUACCGUGCAUUUAUGUUGCUAUCAAAAACAGACGAGUGGAAUGCCUACCUGUACUGAUUGAUCAAGGUGUGGAAGUAAAUCAAAAGGGACCAUCUUCUAUUAGAGGGAAUACACCUCUUCAUGAAGCAGUUACUCUUGGUACAUCAGGAUUGAAAGUUGUCGAUACUUUACUUGGAUUGGGUGCUGAUAUUAACAGGAAGAAUGACAGAGGUGAAACACCAUAUGACUUAGCAACAAAGGGAGGAUAUGAAAACAUUGUUAAGAAAUUGUGCUCACAUUUAGGACAGUCACAACUGGACAAAUUAAUGAAACAUAAAACUAAAGCAUAGUUAUUGACAAUACUUUACAUAUUUGUCUCAUUAGUUGUAUGUUAAAUCAGGAGAAAAUAAGAUCCAUGGCGCUUACAUUUUGAUAUUAAAGAAACUUGAUUGGUGGAAAUGUAUUAUGAUGGUAAUAAGGGACAUGGGAGUAUAGAGUAGCUAAAAAUGGUGCCUUUAUUAUGUAUCAUGUUUAGUUGGCAAGAAAAAUAUAACGCUGGUAGACAUAAUAAUGGCUUGAAAGGUUUGCAGUGGGUCCAGUGUAAUCCAACCUUUUAUCUGCAAAGUUUUUACACCCAAAAUCACUCAAAUGUUAACUAAAUUUUUUGAAGUGAUCAAUUUGAAACUUUAAGAGGUAUUUAAAACCUUUUUUUUUCUUCAUGAAAUCAAGAUAGGAUUGAUCAUUUUGGUGAUUUUGGUUGUAAAUCAUGAAAAUUCAUGCUGAAAACCUAGGUAAUCCUUUCAAACUUUUAUGGAUCCAUUCCUUGGGAUAUAUACAGGUGCUUUUCAACAUGUACUUUUCACAUAUAAAUGUGACCUGUAUCAUAUAAUUGUUAUGUGAAAUAUCAGGUAAAUGAAUGUUAUUUUUUAUUUGAAAUAUCAGAAAAAUUGAUGUAAUUGUCAUGUAAAAUAUCAGGAACAUUGAUGUAAUUGUCAUGUGAAAUAUCUGGGAAAAGAUUUAAUUGUAAUGUAAAAUAUCUGGGAAAAGAUUUUAUUGCCAUGUGAAAUAUCAUGAACAUUAUUGUCAUUGUUAUGUGAAAUAUCAGGAAUAUUAUGCAAUUGCCACAUGAAAUUCUAGGAAAUUUAAUGUAGUAGCUUGAUAUAAAAAAUAUAAAGAGGCUUAAAUUGUUAUGUGAAUAUUCAACUAUAUUCCAUUGACUUGUGGGGCAUUUAGGGGUUUUUCUUGUAGUUGUAUGUAUGUUAUUGUAUUUUAUAUUGUGACAUGUAUGUGCUAUUUAUUUUCUAUCUAAUGGAAAACUGUUUGAAAAUCACAAAAAAUUUAGGCAGCAGUGGUAUGUUGGAAUGUUACAAACUUUUUAAUCAACAUUUCAUGAACAUUGGAAAAUUACUUUAACAUGUUGGAAUAAUUGUGUCAUUAGAAUACUACAUAUUUGACAUAUACUUGAAAUCCUUGUUUCUAUUUAGAUAAAGAAUAGACCUCAAAGUGCAUUUAUCGUAGUUCCAUCAAUCAUCAAUCAUCAUUAGUUGACAUUUAGUUUAAAGACUUUUUUGCAAAGGAAAUUGAUAUUACAUAGAAGUCAUAGUUGACUCACACCUUUUCAUAUUUUCAUACUUUCUGUGAUAUUUUUGUUGUAUUAUAUAUUAAUGUGUAUUGUCUUUUUUACCGCAAGAAUUUUUUAUUGUGCUGUCAAGUGGUUGUGAAGUGUGACAAUAUCACAUUCAUAUUUUGCUAUUUUCUAUCAUUAUACUCGGCCAACAGAAUUAUUGUGUAGAUUCUUGCCACCAGGUGAUGUUAGUAAAGAAUGUGUUCAUUAAUACACAAGUGAUAUUCUUUCUGAUAAAGUUAAUAUUUCAGGCUUGACCAUUUCUUGAUAUAAGCAAAAAUCAUAAAUGAGAGAUAUUGUUGACCAUUUCUAAUAUGUAGUCUUAUGUACAAAAAGGACAAUUUCAUCACUCUUACAGAUUUUGUACUUAACAUACUUAACCUUUAUUUAUUACAUAUUUUGAGAAUUAGACCUUAAAGUGAAACGUUCUGUUUUUUUUCAAUUUGAAAAAUUAGAGCUUAAAGCCCAAUUUCUAAUCUUUUCAACAUGUAAACAUACAUAAUUUAAACAAUAUCAUUGCCAUAGUGCAUGCAGUUUUGUGUUGUUUCAUUAUGUUCACUGCAUUGCAGCAAGUUUGGUCACAAUUUGAACUAACAAUAAAUCUAUGUUUCUUUUUUAACCGGUGACAAGAAAGUACAUUUUAAUUUUAUUUUUGCCAAAAAAUAGAAAACUGCCAUAGAAUGGGAAAUGCCUCCUUGUACUUACUAUUAGAAAGGGGGUAUUGCUAUUGUAGAAAUAAUAUAUAGAUUUCCUGUUAAACAAAUGUUACCAAAUAAAUUAUUUAAAAUAG